CGGUUAAAAUGACGCCUGUAUCCUCUCUAUACCUUGGUAAACCUCAAGUUGAAAUACUAGUAAGCUGAGCUCAAUCUCCUGCGGCUCGAUCUGUCUCUCCCCGCCGACGCCAUGACCGACCGUGACCGAGUUCGCGAUCGAGACCGAGAUAGAGACCGCGAAAGAGAAAGAGACAAGGAUAGAUACAGAGAUAGAGACAGAGACAGAGACAGGGAGCGAGAUAGAGAUCGGAAAAGAGACCGUGAUGAACGCGAACGCGACCGAGACCGGAAAGAAGGGGAGCGCAGCAAGCGGUCUCCUUCUCCUCCCCGUUCGCGUUCAUAUACACCUGACCGUGUCCGAUCCCGGAGAGCCCGUUCCCGCACUCGCUCCCCGUCAACCGACCGCCACCGUCACCGCCAUCGUUCCCCGUCUCGUUCGCGCUCUCCUGACCGUCACCACCGAAGCCGGAAUCACCACCGCCACCGCACUCCUUCCCCCGAAAGCCCUCCCAGAAAACGCCACAAGGAGGAGGGUGAAAAGGAUAGGGAUAGGCAGCGGGACAGGCAGAGGGCCGUUUCGGAUUUCGUUGAUGGAAUUGCAAAGGAGCAUAAGCAGAAGCAGGAUGGAGAGGGCGGCGCAGCUGCGGAAGGGAGUGCAGAGAUGAUUGAUGAGGACGAGCUUGAGAUGAUGAAGAAAUUAGGUAUUCCUGUAGGGUUUGAUUCGACUAAGGGAAAGCCGGUUGCCGGGAACGAUGUGGGCGCUGUGAGGAAAGUGACCAAAAGGCAGCCUCGACAGUACAUGAACCGGCGUGGAGGGUUCAAUCGACCCUUGCCUGCUGAAAUCAAUCGCUAAUACUCAGAUCGGUCUCCAUUUUUGGCAGCUAGGGUCAGUCAAUUGAGGUGUGGACACCUUUGAGAGAAGUGUAAGAUUUGAUGAAUUUAGUUGCUGGAGGUGGUUGUAUUUGUACUAUAUUUUCCUCCAACACCAUCCACUGCUUACUUUGGUCAAGCAUGAGCAGACAGAUGUUACAUAGUAUAUUGCAUUCUGGCCAUAUUCUUAUAUCAUCUGGAUUGUCGUUUGCUUUAUAUAAUGUGCUCCUUAAAAUACUCUGCAAUGGAUUAGACUUGACUUGUUCUUCCCUACGCAACCACAUUGUUAGCA